AUGGCGGCGGAGGGGGCGGCGGUGCGUGUGGCCGUGCGGGUGCGGCCGCUGCUGCCCCGGGAGGCCCUGCGGGGACACCGGCCCUGCCUGCGGGGCGACGCCGACAACGGCGAGGUGGUGCUGGGACGCCGCCGCUUUCGCUUCGCCGCCGUGCUGCCCGAGGCGGCGGGGCAGGCCGCUGUCUACCAGGCCUGCGUCCAGCCGCUGCUGCGGGCCUUCUUCCGCGGCUUCAACGCCACCGUCUUCGCCUACGGGCAGACCGGCUCCGGCAAGACCUACACCAUCGGGGAGGCCAGCGUCGCUUCCAUCAAUGAAGAUGAGCAGGGCAUCAUCCCACGAGCCAUGGCCGAGACAUUCAGGCUUAUUGAUGAGAACGACCUCAUUGACUACACGGUCCGAGUGUCCUACCUGGAGGUGUACAAGGAGGAGUUUCGGGACUUGCUGCAGGUGGAUACAGCCAGCAAAGACAUCCAGAUCCGGGAGGAUGACAAGGGGAACGUUGUGCUCUGUGGUGUGAAGGAGGUGGAAGUAGAAGGGCUGGAUGAGGUGCUGAGCCUGCUGGAGAUGGGGAACACUGCCAAGCACACGGGAGCUACCCACAUCAACAGGCAGUCGAGCCGCUCGCACACCAUCUUCACCGUGACCAUGGAACAACGGCGCGGGGCUGGCCGCCUCCCCCUGCACCACCAGCCCCCCUCCAUCCCUGCCUCAGGCCAGGUCCUGGUUUCCAAGUUUCACUUUGUGGACCUGGCAGGCUCAGAGCGAAUUGUGAAGACAGGAAACACAGGGGAGAGGCUGAAGGAGAGCAUCCAGAUCAACAGUGGCCUCCUAGCCUUGGGAAACGUCAUCAGUGCCUUGGGAGACCCUCGGAGGAAGGGCAGCCACAUCCCCUACAGGGACUCCAAAAUCACCAGGAUCCUGAAAGACUCUCUGGGGGGGAAUGCCCAGACUGUGAUGAUAGCCUGCAUCAGCCCAUCCUCCUCCGACUUCGAUGAGAGCCUCAACACCCUGAAUUAUGCCAGCCGGGCUCAAAACAUCCAGAACAAAGCUGUGGUGAACUGCCGCAGGGAGACAGAGAACGUCGAAGAGCUUCACCUGCAGAUAAAGAACCUGCAGAAGGCGCUGGAACAGCGGCACCGCUCCGAGACCCGGAUCAUCCACCGCUCGGCCACCACCAAACGCUGCGCGCCGGACCCCACGGCUCGGCUGCUGGCCGAGUGUGCACACUACAGGACCUGCACGGAUGCGGCGUACAGGCUGCUGAUGGAGCUGCAGGAGGACAGUAACCUGACAGUGGAGCAGGUCCUGCAGGUGAAGGAGUGGCUGUGCACUGUGGAGAGUGAGAGGAGUGAGCUGACCUCAGCUGGGCUGGAUAGCGGCAUUGAGAGCACCUCGACAGAAGACCAGAGCCCUGAGGCACAAGGCUCAAAGCUGGCAAAAGCCCAGGUAAACACCGAGAAGGAGGGUGAGUCCACCAAAGAUGAGCAGGUUGCCAAACUGCAGAGACAAGUGGAGCGCCUAGAGGAGGAGAACCGUGAUUUCCUGGCUGCCCUGGAGGGCAUGGAACAGUAUAAGCUUCAGAGCGACAAGCUGCAGGAGCAGCAGGAUAAGAUCUCAGAGCUGCAUGUGCGCUUGGAGAUGGCAGUGCCAAAUUUGCAUGUGUCAGAACUGCUCAAAAACCUUCAUCUGCUGACUGCUGACCAGAGACCUCACACAGCCCCACUGGAUGCUGCCCUCUCCCAUGGCCUCAGCGGGGUUCCCUUGGGGCUUCUUGCCACUGAGCAGAGUGGAGGAGACUUUUGCAGGAAGCAGCUCUGUAGCAGCCAGGAGAAAGAACCAGCAGGCUCACACCCAAGCCAUGCACAGUGCCCAACCAGCAAUGCAGAGAUCAAAGAUGCAGUGCUGGGGAGAGAGCUUGGCCAGGACUCAGAGAAGCCAGCAGAGCUGUCCUCAGGAGAGGAGGAAGAGUGGGAACAAAAAAGGUCCCUGUCCCGGCGCCGGUGAGUUGAGGCUGUCCCUGCACUGUGCAGUAACGAGAUUUCUAAGUCGAGCGAGGAGCUGAGUGGAAGCAACAUCCCCUCAAUUCAAGAGCAGCUGGAGCUGUCAAAAGAGAUCCGCAGGAGGCAGGAGCCACUGCUCAGUCCCUGGGAGCGCGUUCCAGGGAAGGACUCGGAGUGGAGGCUGGUACAAGCACAGCAGAAGAUCCGAGAGCUGGCAAUCAACAUCCGCAUGAAGGAGGAGCUGAUCACUGAGCUUGUUAAGACAGGCAAGGACGCCCAGGCUCUGAACAGGCAGUACUGCCAGAAGAUCAAUGAGCUGGAGCAGGAGGCAGAGCAGGUACGAGCAGAGCUGAAUGACAGCCAGAAGCAGCUCCAGGAGCUGGAGGGCAGAGAGCCUCAGGACGCGGGGGAGAAGCGCAAGCUGCAGGAAUACCGCACACGCGUGGCAGCUGCACAGAGCAAGGCACAGGUUCUGUGCAAGAAGAAACAGGCAACAGAGAGGCUGGUGUCACUCUCAGCCCAGAGCGAGAAGCGAGUGCAGGAGCUGGAGAGGAACAUUCAGGUGAUGAGGCGGCAGCAGGGCCAGCUGCAGCGCCGGCUGCGGGAGGAGAGCGAGCAGAAACGGCGGCUGGAGGUGGAGGUGAAUAAGCAGCAGCACCAAGUCAAGGAACUGGAACUGAAGCACGAGCAGCAUCAGAAAAUUCUGCGCAUCAAAACGGAGGAAAUCGCAGCUUUCCAGAGGAAGCGUCGGAGCGGCAGCAACGGCUCUGUCAUCAGCCUGGAGCAGCAGCAGAAAAUUGAGGAGCAGAAGAAGUGGCUGGACAUGGAGAUGGAUAAAGUUCUUGAGCAGCGCCGAGCCCUGGAUGAGCUGGAAGAUGAGCUGCGGAAGCGGGAAGCUAUUGUGGCCAAAAAGGAAGCCCUGCUGCAGGAGAAGAAUGGCCUGGAGAGCAAACGACUACGUUCCAGCCAGGCCCUGACAGAUGACAUAGUACGUGUGUCCAGUCGCCUGGAGCACCUGGAAAAGGAGCUGACAGAGAAGAACGGGCAACUGCGUCACGGCAGUGCCCACGACCAGCAGCGGAUCCGCCAGGAGAUCAACAACCUGCGCCAGGAGAAGGACCAGCUGCUCAAACAGAGACUGGAGCUGGACAACAAGCUGCGUCAGGGGACCCUGCUGUCUCCAGAGGAAGAACGGAUCUUGUUCCAGCUGGAUGAGGCGAUCGAGGCUCUGGAUGCAGCCAUCGAGUACAAGAAUGAGUCCAUCACGUGCAGGCAACGAGUCCUGCGGGCUUCAGCCAGCCUGCUGUCCCAGUGUGAGAUGAACCUCAUGGCCAAACUCAGCUAUCUCUCCUCCUCUGAGACCCGAGCUCUGCUCUGCAAGUACUUUGACAAGGUGGUGACACUGCGGGAGGAUCAGCAUAGGCAGCACAUUGCCUUCUCAGAGCUGGAGAUGCAGCUGGAGGAGCAGCAGCAGCUGGUGUACUGGCUGGAGGCAGCUGUGGAGCGCCAGCGCCUGGAGAUGGAUCGUCAGCUCACCCUGCAGCAGAAGGAGCAUGAGCAAAACAUGCAGUUACUGCUCCAGCAGAGCCGUGAGCACAUGGAUGAAGGGCUGGCCAGCAGCAAGCUGCAGUACGAGGCAAGGAUUCAGGUGCUGGAAAAGGAGCUGAGCCGUUACAUGUGGGCAAACCAGGAGCUGAACCAGAGGCUGAGUAACAUGAACCUCCAUCCUGGACAGACCAAAGCAGGGAUGGAGAGAAGCAUCCACGGGGCUGGGGACAGAGCUAUCCCCACACACGGGACCUGUGAGGAGCCAAGCCUCGGGGAACAGCUGGUGCCUUUGGCUGAGGAAAGCCCCCGUGUCAGGGAUGAGAGCAGGGACCUGGUGCACGCCCCUUUGCCAUCAACGUGGCGACGUUCAUCCCUGCCCAGCGACAGCCCCGGGGACCUUCGGCCGCGGGAUGCCGAGCACUUGCUGAGAGCAGGGCAGCCCCAGGAGCUGCACCCGCCCCGCUGCCUUGCUCCUCCCUCCAAGCCCCGCCGGGAGCUGCGCAGAGCCAGCCUGAGCACCACCCCAGUGCCUUAUCACCCGGCAAUGAUAGACGUGAGGAAAAACCCACUGUAGGUGCAGAGCAGGCAGGAGCAGAUAUUGCUGACAUCAGCUCAAGAGCCUUCCUGCCCUACAAGCCAGCUGGGCUACAAAGCUGUUACAUUUCAGAGGCCUGAGGAAGAAGCACACAUGACUUUUCAUCACCAGCCUACAUUCCCCAGGUUGCUGCCAGUUUACACAGUGCUGACUGGACACCUUCCCUCCCACACCCUCUGCAGCUUAAACACUGGGAAGUGGGAGAUGCCUCCCACCCUGGACUCCAACACUAAAAACUUGUUUACAGUUUGGAAACCUCUGCUGUGGGGCUUGCUCAGCCCUAGCAGCUUCAGAGGAAGAUGCUCUGCAGUCCUGCAGAACUUUGUACAUUGUUUUUUGUAGUAACUUUGGGUUUUUUUACAUUUUUACUGUAACUUU